CCUAAUUUCUUUUCUGAUACCGAAUUAUUAUUAGCAUAUCAAGACGCUCUACUUUUAAAAGUCCUUACUGAAAGUCAAGCAGAUUUUUUAGUUAAAACCUACCAAUUAGAAUAUCAAAAUAUUUGUGAAAAACUUUUUCAAGAACCAAAAAAUGGAGAAAAGAAACGCCAAAAUGCGGAAAAGGUUGUAGCAUUACUGAAAGAUAAAGAAAGUAUUGUCGAAAAAUUGACUGCUUU